GAUUCAGCUGAGCCCUCAGCCAAUCAGAGCGCCCGCCUCUGCUCCUUCAGCAUCCUGGCUCUGUGAUUGGCUGCUGGGAGCGGUGCUGCAGACACAGCAGGCUGAAGAAGAGGAGGACAGAUGUUCUUCAUCCCUCUCUCUGGGUUUAUUUAACGCCAUGGACCUGCAGCCCACCCGCGGCCGCUGCUUGCCCCGCGGCAUCAUGGGAGCUGGAGUCCCGUGGGGCCACGGCUGAUCAGCUGAGGAUUCUUCCUGUCCGACACGGAGCAACGAUGGGCUGCAGGCUGAGCCGCAAGGGUAAAACUCACGAACCGCCCCGCCACCGGCGCCGGGAGGAGCUGCACUUUGUGGACGAGUAUGGCCAGCCAAUCACAGUGCAGGUAGACAGCAAAAGGGGGCGUGGUCACAGGAGGCGGCGGUCCCACUGCGCCGUCGAGUGCAGCGUCCCAUCAGAGAGGCACUGGGAGGCCCUGAGGGCCAUGGGCCUGGUGGAGGGGGACGAGGGCCAGGCGGACAUCUACGGCGCCGGGAGCUACUACAGUCACAUGACUGUGACAACUGACCCAUACCCGGCCAACAGCCACAUGAUGAUGUCACCUGAUGUCUAUCCACCCAAUGGCUACCUCCCCACAGCAUCAAAUGAUCAACACCUCGGUAACAACUACCUGCCCAGCGUCUCCUACAGCUUGGACCACCUGGACAGACUGGACUACCAGGGUCCGGAGAUGUUGCCCUACCAGCCGAACUCAGAGAGCUGUCUGAUUGGCUGCUAUAGCUCAGAAGAAGGGAAGCCGAAGAGUUUCCCCAGACAGUCUGACUACCGACCUCCUUGGAGGCCUGACCGCCCUCUCAGCUACCUGCCCCUCAGCGAGCUUGACAGCGGGUUGGGAUGUGGACCCGACAGCCCGCACCACAGGGUAGCGCUCUCAGAAGCUGAGACAGAUGCCAUGUCAUCACUACCAGGCCACACCCCUUCCUCUCAAGGCUCCUCCUCAUCCUCGGAAUCCCUGAUCUCGUCCGAACCCAGCGACUCCGGCUUCCACAGCGUCAGCACCGGCGAGCACAGACGGCUACACAAGAUUCCUAGCAGCCACACUCACCGGCAGGCUCACCACUUCCGCUCAGGCCUUUCUCCUCGAGAGCAGAGAGGACGCUGGGAUUUGGAGUCCAUCCCUGAGACGACGCCAAUGACCCACUCUGGACCAGCACAGGCGUCCCGGUGCUCAGUGGGAAACAGCACGACCACAAUGGUUCACUUCCACAGAGCGGAGAGAAGUCCCACGUUACCUCGCCACCAUUCCCCCCCAUCGCCCUCCAUCGGUAGUCGCACCGAGCCCUGCCAGCGGAGGGCACUGUGGUUGGAGCAGCAACAGCAGGGUGGAGGCAGAAAGAUGGAGGCUCCAGGGAGGAGUCGAACAAUAACAGACUUGAGUGAAGGACAGCGGCGCCGCAGGGCAAGUCAUCCCAACAUGACAGACCCAAACGCCCUUAGAAACACUCACCAGAACAGCCAUCCGAGUCCGAGCAGUAGCACGAUGGGACCGAGGAGCAGGGCCAGUUAUCCCAGUAACUGUCACCCAACUGGUCAGGUCAGCCUAGACAGAGUCAGUCUGCUUAAUCAUCAAAGCUCAAACCGGAGCAGAGAGGAGGACUCCCUCUCCAAGAGUCCUGGAUCUGCCUCUAGUGGAGUCAGUGGAGUCUCAGACUGGAGAGCAUUUCAGACUCUUGGAAGUCACAUGGAAAAACCCAAAAGUUCCUGUGGUCCCUUUUACAGCACACUGGGGGCUCCAGAGCGAAGCCCACGAUCUCCUACGUCUCCCCGCUCCAGGCUAUCCAAUCAGAAGUCAGUUAGAAAUCAGCUGCUCAGAGCCCGAGCUUACCGAUUGGCCAGGGAGCGCAGUGAGGUCACAACAGACGAAGAAAUGCGGGGAGACGGGUCAAGAGGAGGCGAGGAUGAAUGGGAGGAUGGUCGGUGGGCGGGGAGAUACUGGAGUCGAACGGAGAGGAGACGACACAUGGCGUUGUCACGGCAACACCGAGAGAGGAGGGGAGGAGUGGAGGAGCAUUUGGGUGGAUGCCAGGGGGCAGCGGCGUCUCAGACGGUGCUGGAGCUUAGCCACCUGAAGCAGAACCGGCUGAGGAACAGCAAGCUGCUUGAUGAUUGGACGACAGUGGAGGAGCUGCUGACGCACGGGACGCGGGUGGAGAGUGACAGUCAGCUGUGUCCCAGUCCGCUGCUGUCAGUCACCACCGUCUGAUCCUAACACAGGCACUUCCUGUUAGCUCAGAGCGAAACCUCACUAAGGUCCAGAUUCAUGAAGGGUUCAGCUAAUGUGCUCCAGAACAUUGAUCCAGGCUGAUCCAGUCUAAACCCUCCAGCUUGGUAGGUCUGAACUUAUAAAAGCUAAUCUAGAAGUUAAUUAGCCAAAAAUCAUUAUUUACAACCAAAUCUGUCAGAGAAUGCCAUUCCAAAGAACCACUUUCUAGUUGUCAACACAAAGUUUUACCUGGUUGACAUCCGUCCCCUAAAAGCCUUGCUCAACUCAGAACAUCUUUCUGAGCAGCUAUCUGCUAGGUGUUAAGCCCAAAUGUUUACCGGUGUUCACCGAUAGCUGGUCAGACUUUAUGCAUCUGGUCUCUGGGGGUCUACAGGAAGAUGAUCCUGAGCAAUAACUUCCACAUUUCAGGAAAAACUGCCUUCCAACUGCAACUUUUUUGAGUCUGGAUCUCAGUGAUGUCAGAACUGAAGGGCACACUGUUGCAACCGUGGAUCAGAACCUGGAGGUCUGACCUUAAGUUCAGACCUGAAAUACUCAAAGCUACAACUGGAAUCAAUGGAAAAGAUGAGGAAAAAUGUGUCAGCAGUUCUUCAGAACAACCCAAGUUGAGUUUAAACAAACAGCAACAUCUGAGAGCGGCAGUAGAAACCAGCUAGUUUGCAUGAGUCAAAGGCCGCUGAAGAGAUUCACAACUCUGUUGAGAAUCUUUGCACAGCAGACCAUCUGUGACUCUCAUCAAAUAUCACAUGAGUGGUAUUUCCUCGUGAAAAGUGACUCCAUCUCACCUUUGGGUAAACUGGCUCAGCUCGUGUUUGUGCCAUAAAUAUCAGAGUUGACGCUAAAACAUCUCCCACAUUGCAGGACUGCUGGGAGUCUGAUUGCACCUUGGAGGACUUCUGCACCUUUCUCAUCAAAUAGCCUCCACAUCUUCUGAGAGGCUGAUUCACCACAGAGUUUUAAAUCAUCACUGUUGCUGGUUUAUUUCUGACUUUUCUGUUUUCAGGUUCUUCUCUCUCAAACAGAGCAGAUGUGCAAAUAUACGAGGCAUUACCAGGAGAUUUCCUAUGUUUUCACAGUAUUUUCCAUAACAAGGCUGUCCAGUGUUACAGGCUGUUAACCCCCAGGUCAGUAGAACUUAUGUUGAUCAUCUAAUGAUGGCUUUCAUAAUCUCUGAAGUGAAAGCGUCAAACAGACAUUGGCUCUAUCAGAAGCUAAGAUUUGCCGUUCAUUAAUUGCAUUUGUCAGCCUUUGAACAUUUGGUCAUCAAACACAGUCCAGAGUUAAAAUAUGUUUUAUUUUCAUUCCCUGUAGAAAUUAAUUACAAUUUUCUGUUGGCUCCAUGAAAUGCCAGAAAUUCGAAGGAUAAUCAUCAGCAAACAUGAUAAUGUCUACAGUUAUUGACUUGAAAAGUUCAGUGCACAGAUGGAGGGAUGGAAGGGACAUGACACUGCUUGUGUUGAAAUCUCAGUGCAUCAUGUGAAGUGCAGCAGAUCAGAUGGAUGACAGAGUUGGGAGGUUGGACACAUCGAUGGUCCCGUGCCAGUAGUUACCCUCCCUGUGGAUGGGACAGAAGACAUGCUCUAUGUAGAUGCACAAAGUCCUGGUGAAACACUGUCCCAUGGCGAGGUCAUGGAAUGGGUGGGACAUGAGGACACUGAGGUAGAGCCGUGAUGUUAGCCCUCCCCAUUGAGACACUACGGCCAGUGGUCACCUAAAGUCAGUGAAGUACCUUAAGGCUCCCACAUAUUUCACCCGAAGUGCUGAAAUCAAUUCUCAAUGAUGUAGUAACUUGACAAAAAUUGCAUCAACUUGUUUGCUGGAGAGCAGGCAUCUCCCUUUCUUGACACCAGGCCCGCUGCUGCAAAAUGGCUCUGUGAAAUGUGUUGUGAUUGGUCAGAAGUUUGUUUUUGUAUUUUAUGUAGAAAUGCACUCAAACAGCAAUGUUGACAUUUCUCUUCAACUUGUCCGCUUCCUCUAUUUGGGUUUUUGCAGGCAAUGUGAUUACUUUUGAGGAACGUUUAUCAGACGUGAUGAGAUAUUACGUACAUUUGUACAACUCUUUACUAAAUAUCUACAAAGACAGUCAAAUGGCUAAAAACGUCUGGUAGAAACUGCGGUGUUGUCAUCGAUGAAGGAGGUUGUCUGCAAAAAGGUCUGGCACUUACUCCAGGGCCACUGAGUUAAAGCAAAAUGGAGGAUGCAGGGAGGCAGUGGUGAGCCUGGCAGGAAGAAAGUUAUGCCCAAGUGCUACUGGGUUGUGACGUAUACUGAAGGGAGAGAGGUCUCCCCAGGUAGUCUGUGACGUGAUUGAAAGAGAAUACAAAUGUCCCACAACCAUGUGAUCACUUGUCAACUGUUUGUCUUUGGAUGAAAUAUGGAACAGCUGUGGCAAACCGUGGCACCAGGAGAAACACCGGUGAAUCUCUCCAAGAGUAUGUCAGGAUCAGUCAACUGUCCUCUAAACUACCAUGGUCUCCCAUGUGGUGGUCAUCUGCGGUAAAGCAGACCUGAGAUUCACCAAGGAACAUGAAAAACACCAUUUAACAGCUAAAGCUGUGGAUGCCAUUAUCAAGCCAUGCACAGGGUGUUCAAUCAGCAACCCAGCUGAUACCUGUCAUGGUGCUAGAUGUCAUUUAGAUUCCUGGAAAGAGUCCAGUCCCUGUCUCCAGAUGUCACAGGGUUCUGUGAUGCUUGACACAAUGAUCCUCCCUUGGUGUGUCAUGUCUUUGGAGAGUUGGACCUUCCUGAUGUGUUCCAGAUGGACACUAAUUUUGGGCCACUGCGACUUUUGUACAUUCAACACUCUGGGCGGGUACCGGAGCCCAUAAACGUCUCCUCUGGGUCUGCUGACCUUCUCUCGCUGUUCCUGAUGACUGUUGGAUGCUGAGGUUACUGCCUGAUAACACUGUCCUACUGUUUGUGAUGUUGACUCCACUGCCUCCUGCGGUGAUAGAUGCAGUAACUCCUUGAAACCAAAGAGUAGAAACCUUAAGAAAAGCUCGACUAAAUGUACUUGUUUAAAGGAUCCUCAGCUCCUUGAAAGCAAAUGCAAAGAAGUGAAGACUGCAUGAAUACUUCACACUUUGUUGGAGCUCUGUUUGUGUUCGUUCCACUUCCCAACGUUCAUGAAACCACUCCGCUGGCAACUGAAGUGGUGACAGCACACAAUCAGAAGUCUGUUCACAUCACCACUUAGUUGUAAAUGAGAUGUCAGCAGCAGAUUCAAGCAAACUGUGGCACUUUUCAUCCUUUAACUGACUAAUUGAGCCUCUUAUCCAGCCUGUCAGACUGUCAGUGAUGACAUUCAGGUAGUUUUAGAUCUGAGAGUGGAUCAGUCAGGAGUGGAGGAAAACCGGAGCGUCUCAUUACUGUGAAUGGAAAAUACUGAUGUUUGUUUCAUCUGCUCUGAGGGGCUGCUGGAAGCCCACAUGACUACAGAAGACAUCUGGAGAGAGAUCUCUGUCAGGGUUAAAUGUUAUGAUGUAACUGUUCAAUGCAAUUUGUUAAAUAUGAGCAAAUGUCUAUUUAUUUUCAUAUUUUAAAGACUGAGUUUAUGAAAUCUGAGAUUUAUUGUCCAAGUUGUAAACAAUAAUAGAUGUCAGGGUUUGUUUUUCUAAUCUGUGUGUGUUGGUGUGUAUGCUAUUGCAAGAAGGAGAGUAAAAAGUUUGAUACUGUCUGUAGUGUUUAGCCAAAGAUAUUGUGUAAAUCUGAUAUCUGGACAAUCUAGAAGAACUGUCGCUGUAUGAUGUAAGAGUAUAUUUUAUAAUCAUAUUAGUUUUAUAUAUUUUCUGCUUUAUUUUGCCUUCUGCUGGUCUGUACAUAGAUAUUAGCAUAAACCACAUUAGCACUGCUCCUAAUUAGCAAACAUGUCAACAAUCCCCUGAAGUGUCACAAGUCCUUUAGGAUUUUCUCAGACCUUAAACCAUGUGAAGUUUAACCAUGUCGUGAAGCACAGAUAGUUGCAUCCAUCCAUGUCAGGGACCAACAAACAGUAGAGAGGAAAAGGAAACUGUCUACAGAGGGACGAACUACCGGCCUCAAAAUAAGGGGUCACAGUGGGGCCCAACUGGACCAGUGGGGACUUUCUCUGAGUGAAAGAAGAGGGACCCACAAAUAAGCUUCUAAGUACCCAAAACAACUGAUUCUUUCACUAACCAGAUCUAUCAUUCAGCCAAACAGACAAGACCGUUUCCAAGCUGCCUGUAGGGUCCAGAAAUCACCAAUCAAGCAGGCCCAAUCACACAGGCGAGCUUUCAGAAAUCAAGCUGGGAUUGGCUAACCAAAGGAUCAGUACAGAGCAUUACGCUUACAUUUGUCAGGCAUCUCUAGUUUUAAAGGAGAAACACACUGGUGGUGUGUGUCACCUUAUCAGUUUGGGUCUAGCUGAAGAUUCGUCUCUGAAGGAACAAUGAAGCUUCGCCUGACGUCCACUGACCAGUUUGACCAGUUUCACUGUAACCUGCCCUUUGUCUGUGAACUGGAAAGAAACGAUGUGUGACGCAGCAUCCUGCGGCGGUCCUGGUGAGAGUUUGCCUUAAAUUUGUCGGCCAUCUUUGUUUUGAUCUCACAGGUCGUUCCUAAAUCACAUCUACCAGAACCAGCUAACCCUUAAAGAAGUCAACUUUACAUGUUGGCUACAACCUUCAAACCCACACAUAGGAGCCUCUGCUGCCUUUGUUUAGGCAAAUCUGCCUUGGGUCCACGCAGCGAUAGUGCCCCAAAAAUAUAAUUAGACCUUUUUUAUGACUAAACGGUCAAAUUAUGACAUGGACAACAAAAGAAAGAAAAUGGCUGAAGGCCCCCUCUUAUUUACUCACGUUUCUCACACUGUCCCAAAGUUGGAAAAAUCAGCUGAAAUCUCAUCCAAGCUUAGAAUUCGUUUCAAUUCCAAAAUCCAAUAUGGCUGCCUGCCAUGUAAAAAGCUUUGAUGGCUGCAAAAUUAGCUAUUUAUUUGGACUUCUAUCAGUAGUAGUGAUAACAUUUCAACAUUUUAACCUGAUGCACCUGCGGUCCCACUUCUACUGGUAGACAGUGUGUGUAUGAAAACAAUGGACAGACAUACAUUUCAAUCUUACAUUGUUAACAGCAUAAUAUUUAGCAUGCUAGUUAGCAUGGUCACCAAGCACAGUAAUGAGAAAGUCUUGCAAGUUUUUUUAAUUUGCAACUAAAACAUGUUUAGGUUGGGCUUGAUGUAAUUCGCAGAGCCUGAGAUUCAGCAACCCCAAAACUCCUGCUACACCAAAGAGAUUCUGAAAAAGGGAAAUGUUUUAAUUCUGUUAUGUAAAUGUGAUUGUCUGUUUAAUUUCAGAUCGUGCCAACUUCACCAAUGUGUUUUAAGUAGCUAUACUUUAUAUGUUGCGCUUAGCUUAGCUUAACUCAGCUUAGUUUAGUUUUGUUUUGCUUAGCUUAGCUUAGCAUGAAGGCUUGCUGGAUUACAACCGGCCCAAAUCUGAAACACCUUUGUCUUUUAUCUUCAAGUUUUCUUUAUAAGUAAAUUUAUAAAUUCAAACAUUUUUAGACCAUAAAGAAGGUGAAUUGUUAUUUUUCUGGUUCUGGCUGUUGGUUUAGUUCUGGUUCCGGUCCACUAUUAUAAACUUCACCUACCUGCACCGAAGCUUCCCGCGCUCAGUCCGCCUGCACGUCAUCAGGAAGGACGUUUGUUAUUGAUGAAACAUGGCGGCUGCUAUGACUCAUCCGGCUUUCUGUUCUUGGGUCUGUGAUUUCCGUGUACCUCACUGUGAAGCUGAACCGUGACGUUCGUGACCUGAGUGGUGGAAAGCUGGUUGGAGAAGUUUGAAGGAAAUGACGUCACAGGAGACUGUGAAGUCAAACUGCUUACUGUGAGUCUGGAUUCUGUCGAAAUUCAGCAUCUCAAUAAAGUUUUAUAAUGAA